UCUGAUGAUAUGCCGGACAAGGAAGCCAAUCGGGCUGCGAAGAUUCUAUUGGAAAUUAAAAGCAACAAAUCAACCAAUCCUGGCGAAAGGUCAGAGGAAUCACGAGCUAUCAAUAGUCCUGAAACGAUUUACCCCUGUAGCGAGGAAAUAAGAGCUUGUUUCCGCAGAGAAGAAGCUCUAAGGUACACACAACCUAACAAGGCUUUCUCAUAUACAGCUGUGGAUGGUAAGAAGGUUGUUGUCGCUCCACUGAAAAAGCGUGGAGGCAAACUAUUCAAAAGGAUUUGUCAUUACAAUAUUCUUAAGAGGAAUAAACCGCCUUUUUUCACUCUCCAUUGUUUGGUAAGAGAUGCAGCGGCUAGAUUGCCCGGAGGAGUUGGGACUAGAGACGAUGUUUGUGUUUUGGCCAGGGACUCACAAUUCAUCGUUGAGGACAUCUCCGAUUCACAACUUCGCAAAGCUGUAAAGGGAGGGUUGGAUCGUCUGCACUAUGAAGACGAUCCAUGUGUAAAAUAUGAGAAGGAAAGGCAUCAGUGGACUUAUCUACAUGGAGAUAGAAAGGUAGAAGAUUUUGAAGAUGAUUCGACAUAAAGUCUGUAAUGAAUUUCGUAAACUAAAGAUUUAAAAGACUUUCGGCUGUAAUUUUUAAUAAUGUCUCUGUAUUGCUGCAUCUUUCUGGAUAUUUUAUGUUAAAAAAAAUAUGUGCUUGUUGAUUUACUAACGCUUGUUUGUUCCUAAAAUCAAAACUUGAGAAUUCACUAACUUCCUCAAAUGGCCACUCACUCAGGUUGAUACAUGUUUUGAUAUGCUUUAUUUGAGCUUAGUGGCUAAUAGAAAUUAUAUUUCUACCUUUAAAAAGUAGGGGUAAGCUGCAUACACACUGAUCCCCCUAGAUCCUACUUCUGGGGUUUCACCGGGUAUGUUGUUGAUGUCCACUCAUCUCAGCUUUUCGGUGCAAGAAGGUGGUUUUUUUCGAUUGGAGAUUUUUUUUUGUAGGAGAUAAGAUUUAAGCUGAUUGACUUUAUUGAUGUAAAGAUGAGAUAAUUGGCUUUACUACACAAUUUUAGUAACAUGAGUGACGAUUUGAGAAAUUUAUCCUUGGCCGGUGAAUUUUCGUUUGAGCUAUUUUUUGAUGUUCCACAAGUCCUUUACCACUAUAUAAGAACUAGUUGAAUCAAGUUCGGAAGUACAUUCUGGACUAGUACAUUUGUGCAAAACUUGAAUAGUUUUUGUCAGAUUCUUAGUUUUUGCCAAGCAGCAAUUGGAACAAUGGGUCUUGCACUGAGAAAAUGGAAUGGCUUGAAAUGGCCAUGCGAUUGCUUGAAUUUGGAUAAGUUCUUCUACAUAAGUGUCGUUUAGAGUUUUAGUGUGUCGCUUGAGCUUAAGCUCUUCCCUUAGCUUUGUAAUUUUAUUCAUCAAUAUAGAGAUUUUACCUUUUUUUGUCAUGAAAGAUGACUAUUCCAAUAGAAACACGCCUGCGCUCUCAGCUAAAAGACUCCCCUCGCUAAAACAAAAACAGCUUUUAGCGUCAAUAAAAAUACCCAUCAACAAACAGUGAUAAAUCUCUUA